GGUUAAUGGGUGGAUAAACAAAUGUCAAAAUGGCUUUCACGGUCCUUGUUUAUUUAAUGGUUUUUGUGCAAAUAAGGUUUUGAAGUAACUUUUAAUUGAGUUUAUUUUGUGCUGAUGUGAUUAUGAUACAUAACACAGGCCUUUACGGGCCUAAUGAAGCCCCUAUCAACAUGGGUGCGCCUAUAAACAUGUCACAACUAAACGUACCAAUCAUUCCACAUAACUUGAAUAAUUUAAGUAAAAUUCCUCAGCAACCAUCGCAUCCGACUACAGGGAGCUACAAUCUACCAAAUUUUCCACCAUAUGGCCACCAAUCAAUGAAUAUUGGCCCCCAAAUACCAUCUCUCCCGAACUAUCAUUCCAAUCUCUUUCAUAAUGGUUUUAUGAACGCACCCACAAGUACUACUACGUUGGACAUGAGCUGGCAGAAUGGUAUGUUACCCAUGAACCUGAAUGCACACAAUCAGCAAGCCCAUAGCGCAUUCCAUUUCCAAAAUUUUGACAAAACACCAAACAGUGAAAGUAAAAAUGAAAUAUGCCAAAAAGUGCCACUUAACAUACCCCAAUUCCAAAGUAAGUCAGAUCCAAAGGAAGUUCCAGGUAUAAAUGACCAACCUGACAGAGAUUUAAAGCAUCAAGAAUCAUAUAACAAUAAUUUUAAGCUGAAUACUGAACGCAAUUUAGAUUUAACCGCAAAACCGUCUGAUAUAUUAGAUCAAGAUGUCACAAGGCGGAAAACUUUAGAGAAUACAAUAAAGUUGAUAGAAAACAUACUAGUUAACACCACUAAAAAUAGGGAACAAGAUACGAGUCGAGAAAAUGUAACGAAAAAACCACCAGAAACUGAAAUAACUAAAGAAAGUGAUUCUAAAGAAGAUGAUACGGUUGAUAAUGCAACAGCAUCAGAACAUGAAGCGUCAGAAUCCGAGGAAGAUGUGAAACCUAAUAUAAGUAAUGUUAAUGAAAACGAUAUAACAAUUAAACAGGAACCGGUGUUAAUUGAAGUCGAUAGCAUCUUCCACCAUGAUGUAAAUGGUGUUUCUAGAGACGAAGUUAAAGACUGUUGGAUUAUUGACUGUGAAACUAGUGUUUCGGCUGCCACAGAAGCUAUCAAGACUGGAACGAAAUCGAAUGCAUACUACGAAUGUCCCCAUUGUAAAUUGUUACUUCAGCAUCCGAAAAGAUUUCUUGUGCAUACAAAAUGGCACGUGUUCGGAUUGACUCGGGCCAAACGGAUGGAGAUGGCUAGAGUGAAGUCCGAAAGACGUUUACAACUCCGGGAGGAGCGGGACAGGCUGCACGAGAUCACGCCUGAUGAUGUGGUGACAGGGAAGACGUUCCCCUGCAAAGACUGCGAUAAGAUAUUUGGCACCAGGAGCGGCUUGAAAAACCACAGGCAGAGGUUACAUACGAGCAUAGAGAGGGAGUGCAAGAUCUGCAAGAUAACGGUGGUGGGUUGGGCGGAGCUCCGGGCCCACAUAGCGAGCCACGCGGACGACUCCGCCUACCGGUGCGACCUCUGUCCGAAGAGGUUCAAGUACCUGCACUCGCUGGCCAAGCACAGGGACACGCAUCUGGAGAAGGUACAUGGUUGCGACCAGUGCCCGAAGAAGUACGGCUCCCAGGCGCUGCUGAAGAUGCACCUGAAGACGCACGAGCGAGCGCUGCGAGGCACCACCUUCAGGUGCACCUACUGCGGCAAGGGCUUCUACGAAUCCUGGAACCUCCAGGUACACGAACGGACCCACAGGAAUGAACGGCCGUUCCUCUGCGAGAUAUGCAACACGGCGUUCGGGACCAACUCCAGUUUGAAGAGGCACGUCAAAGUUUCCCACAGCUCAUCGAAGCCCCACGAAUGUAGUACAUGUCACCGCUGCUUUAUAUCCGCGGUCAUACUGCAGCGGCACGAGAGAAGGGCACACGGGGACCCCGAGGAGUUCAAGUUCGUGUGCAAACUGUGCGAGUGCAGGUACCUCACUUCGAAAGAUCUACAGAAACACAUAUACAAGGUGCACCCAAAAGUGAAACGGAAGAUGAAAUCGGAGAGUGACAGCGAGUGAACUUUAAAUCAACGGACUAAAGUGCAAUUUCUUACGAUUUCGUCAUAAAAAUAUCGAAAUAUUUGUGUCUAUACAUAUUUUUUCAAAUAUGUGUUUUAAGUACAUAUGUAUAUAUUUUCGAAUAUAGAACAGAACGCCUUUAUUUUUAUUUUUUAUUUUGUUUACAAUUUAUUUUGACUUUGUUAAGAAUUCUAUACAUUUUUUUUUUACAAAUUGUGAAAUGAUUUUUGUCUAUCAUUUAUUAACAUUGGACAUAUGGAAAUUAUAAUAGGCUAUUUGACUGUAUUAAAAAUAUACAUUUCUUUUAUGUCAUCAGUAUUAAUAUUAUUUUUUUGGAGCGAUUUGUAAUAACGCGAGAUAAAAAUAUUGCAUUAUUUAAACAAAAUCCGUCUCAGAAAAUUAGGUUUUUAUAUGCAGCUGUCACGUGACUAAAAACGAACGUGAUUGGCUAUUUCUAUUAUGACGUCAAUUAUCCAUAAACAGACUGUGGAUCGUACCGUACCUUAGUGUUCGCUAUUAUUUUUCAAGAUUUUAUAAGUGUUUGAUCGCUCAGGAUUACUCAGAUAACAUAGGUAUUUAAUAAUGGAAACCAAUUCCGCGAAAGCUGACAGCCGAAACCUACCAAAAGUGGACGCAAUAAUGGUUGGAAGAAGAAAUCUGGAUUGUCUUCUUCAAAGACAAUCCAGAUUUCUAUGCUGCCGAACUGAGGAAUGUGAAAACAUUAAUAGUAAGUAUAUCUUGGUAACCACUGAUCUUAGAUCAUGAUCUGAAACCACUUCUUGCGAAUAUUCAAAUCCAUCGGCAUAGAAAAAAACAGUUUCGUAGGAGAUUUUAUUGUUGUAUUAGUGCAUUGAGGCACUGCACAACAUUUAUAGGAACUCAUUUUAAUAAUUUUCACACAUAUGACGUGGCACAAGUUAAAUAAAACAAGAAAAAACAAAACUUUUCGAAACACCAACAAGCUUUGUAUGAUAUUUACACGAAAUUUACGUCACUGCAUGCCAUGGCCGCCAUAUUGCUAAAAGUCGCGUUUUGGCGGCAUAUUUGAAUAUUUCAUUUUCUUUUUCGAUUUUUUAAUAAAGUAGCUGUAAUAAAGGCAGAAAAGUAUUUUUGUAGGGCUCCUUAUAAACAAAUAAAUACCCUAAGAUAGUUUUUAGAACUUUGUCAAAUAGCCUAUUGUAUAAGGUUACAAUUCCGCCGAAAAUCAAACUUAGGGGCCAUCCAUAAAUUACGUCACACAAAUUUCAUUUAUUAUCAUCAUCAUCAUCAUAUUUUUGACCCCUCCCCCCGUCCUUGUCACAGCUGGUCACGUUUGUGAGACCCCCACCCCCCACCUAGUGUGACGUCACAUAUUUUAUACUUAUUUUUAAAUCUAGAAAUAAUUAUUAAAUUAAAACAGCAGUUCCGUAUUUUUUUUUAAAUUAGGUCAAAUAAAACACUUAGACGAAUUAACAAAAUAAAAACGAACAAACUUAAUCAUCUCGUGUCCACGGACUUUGAACCCACUCAUAAUUGUCGCUUUCUUUUUCGUAAUUUUUAUUUGUAAUUCUUUAAUUUUACAUUCUACUUUAUUCUUAACACUAUCACUACUUUUCAAAUUUUCCAUAAAUUGUUAAAUUCCUGUACAAUUUGUUUUUUUUUAUCAGCAUAAGCUGCACUGUAUGUUUCAUAUAGUUUUCGGUAAAGAUUACGUAAGUCACUCUUUUUAUUCAUUGUAAAUAUGUUCAAAAAAUUGCGAGUUGCUGACAAAACAAUUGGAACCUUAUACAUCUACAGAUAGAGUUGCAAAUGUUUUUGAAUGUUAUGUCAAUAGUUCAAUGUUUGUGUUUUAACACUUAAGAUUAUAAUGAGUUUUGAAAUGUGACGUCACCUAAUUUAGGAUCCCUCCCUCCCCCUUGUCACACAAUGUCACACUACGUCGACCCCCUCCCUCCCCCUUGUCACACAAUGUCACACUACGUCGACCCCCUCCCUCCCCCUUAACGUGUGACGUAAUUUAUGGAUGGCCCCUUAUAUCGAUUUUAAAAACGGAUAUUUUGUGUUAGAUAAAGAGAGAUGUAAAUAAAAAAAAUAAUUUCACUAAUUUGUUAAGGUUCCAACAAAAACGGAUACGGAUCUUCCUUUAUUAACGGAUACCUGGCAUAUCUUAAGUUAAAAACUACAACUUAUAAAUGUAAAGUUAUAUUUUUUUGUUACUGUUUUAAUAUAAGGGUCUUGUUUGUUUAAUGUCAGAUUGUAUAAUAGUAGAUGUAUAUAUUUCCAAUGUCGUGCUUUCUCGGUCUAAAUAAUUAAAAUUGAGAGAGAGAGAGAGAUAUAGCACGAGUGUUAACGACUUUGCUUUUUAGUUCAAUAGACUUAAGCGAAAUGUUUAAAUAGAAAUUAUUAUGAAAUUCGGGGAGUUGAGUUUUUAGUGAAUGUAACAAUCAAUGUUUUAUGAGAACGCCCGUGACGUCAUAAUUUUAAAUAAUUGUUACAUACAUACAUAUAAACACGUCCAUAUCCCUUGCGUGAUAGACAGAGCCAACAUGGCGUGAUUUACGAGUAUGUAUUUAUGUCAAAUUCAGUACAUUUGGUUCACGAAAGCGGAAGCCAUUUUGGAGUGUCUAAAAUGGGAAAAUGCGUGUGCGCAGUGCCCAAAGACAAGUCCUCACUGGCGGUGGACAUGUUUCUCAAAUUUUUAUACCAAUUUGUAAAUAAUGUAGUGAAAAUUAUAAAUGAGAAUAGGAAAAAUGUAGUGUAAUUUAAUGUAACUAUAAAACAAUUUGGGAUUUUGGAAUGAUAAUAAUUGUAUUUGACCAACGAGUGUUAAUUGCACCAAAACACGAGUUAUCGUUAAGUCGUCAUAGACAUUGGAAUAAAAUCGUUUAUAUAAAAUUUUCGUGACACAAUGUUCGUUCCCGCACUCCUCCGAAACGGCCUGACAGUUUCUCAUGAAAUUUCGUGAGCAUAUUGAGUAGGUCUGAGAAUCUUUUUUUUCAUACCCCUUAGUGAUCCACACUUAACAUUUUUUUUUAACUAGAAAAAAUAUUUAUAUGGCAAAACAACGUUUGCCGGGAAAGCUAGUAUGACAAUAUUAAUACCGUAGUGUACUUCAAACUUAAGAAAUUAGGUGUUGCCCACGGCUUUUCCAGCGUGUUUGUCGUUUUUUGCGUAAUCCCUACAUUUUAGUAUUUUUGGGGUUGAUUUUUGAAAAAAGUAUCCUAUGAACGCGGGAUUUUAAAUAUUUGCAUACCAAAUUUUAUUUGAACCGGUCCAGUUUAACUGUCAAAGCGGAAAAGACAGACAGAGACUUUAGCAUUUACCUAUAAUAAUAAAGGGAUUAACAUCCCUUUAUUAUUUCGCCCGCGCGAAACUUGCUCUACACUCAGCCGGUGCCUUUAUUGGUACCGGUAAUAUUUUAGGCCUUACCAAUUGAGCAGAAGCGAGAUAAAAGCAAAAUUGCAACGUUACUCUAAAAUCAGCCGGUGCCUUGAUCGGUACCGGUAAUAUUUUAGGCCUUACCAAUUGAGCAGAAGCGAGACAAAAGCAAAAUUGCAACGUUACUUUAAAAUCAGCCGGUGCCUUGAUCGGUACCGGUAAUAUUUUAGGCCCUACCAAUUGAACAGAAGCGAGACAAGCAAAACUGCAACGUUACUCUAAACUCAGCCGGUGCCUUCAUCGGUACCGGUAAGAUUUUAGGGACAAUGCACUCGUUUAAUCGUAACCGGUACUGUUACAUUCUUGAUCUUUUGAUGCUGGUCCCAGAUAUACUUAUGGAUAAAUAAAUACCCCCACUAACACAUAUUCAUAGUGGGUCAAUUACAGUUAGACAAAAUUUUGUAACAAUAGUUUUAAUUAUUAAAUUAUUUCACAGCGAUAGAUUUUUAAUAUUUGUUACCUUAGUAAAUAAAGUUGUAUAUAUUUUAUUACCUAACAUAUAAGAAAAUAUAUUAUUUAAAGUAAUUAUAGAACUAGUUUUAUAGGCGAUUGUUGAAUGUAUCAUACAUACAUACAUAAAAUCACGCCUCUUUCCCGGAGGGGGUAGGCAGAGACUACUUCUUUCCACUUGCCACGAUCUCUGCAUACUUCCUUCCCUUUAUCCACAUUCAUAACUUUCUUCAUGCAAGCUCGGCGGUUUCGGGUACUUUUGACCUGACUCUUUACCAGGACGUCCUUAAUUUGAUCAAGAUAUGUUCGUCCAGGUCUUCCCACUCCGACCUUUCCCUCCGCACUCUCCUUGUAUAUCUGCUUAAUCAACCUGCUUUCAUCCAUCCUCUCCACAUGACCGAACCAUCUUAACAUACCCUUUUCUAUUCCUGUAACUACAUCUUCUAUGUAUGUAUCAUACAAUUAAUUAUAUUUACGUUCUUUUUUAGAAGUCACUUGAUUCAGAUCAAUUCUUGAUCUUGAUCUAUCAAAUCUUCUAUACUUAUUAUUUGGUUAAUGACUGAAAUCUUAAAUGUUACAAAUGAUGUUUUUGUUGACGUUCAAAAGACAAGGCCGGAAUUUUUAUGUAUAUGUAUUAUUUGUUGUUAGUUGUAAAUAGAUGUUUAAACUUCAUUUACCUAAAUACAAAAUAUUUAAGUGUA